GGUGGCGGUGGCGGUGACGACGACGGGGCCCAACGGUGAGAAACGGUCGGAAAAAUGGCGUCCGAUAACGAAGCCUCUUGCGCGAGUGACCCAAAUUUCGCGGUGAUCUGCUCGUUCCUCGGCUGCUUCGGCAAGUCCUGCGGCAUCAUCUAUCCGGACAUCGCUCGGCUCCAGGAGAUGCUCGAGAACACGCAGGAAGUGUCGCGAGAAUUAAUAGAUCUGCACAUCAAACUGUUGCGAAAAACGCGUAAAUCCGUGUCGCCAGAAAAGUGGGAAAGGGCGCUAGUCAAGUUUUGCCACACGUACUCUAAUCAGGAUGGAUGGGAACUUGAACGCUUCGGUUACAAGAAAGCUCGCAUUGCUGUUAAACUGCGUUUACUUAAAGUAUUAUUGGAAACACAAUUUGACUUAAAUCAAAAGUUUAAGAAUGAAGUAAACAAAUUGGCAGCUGACGAGUUACGUGUGGAACCUUUAGGAAGGGACAAAAGUGGAUUAGCGUACUGGUGUCAGCUGGACGAAGAGUGCAACGUAAGAGUUUACAGGGAAGAUUUAGACGAAGAGAAUUGGGAAUUAGUUGCUAAGGAUCGAGAAAGUGUUGUUAAUCUCAUAAGUACCCUGACAAAUGGCGAAAUCGGGGCUAUACCAAUUAACGAGGAUAGCAACAGCUUAGAAAUCUCUGAGAAACCUAUAAUUGACACUGGACAAGUAACAACGUCUCCAAGCUUAGAGGACGAAGUUGUGCAAGAAAACGGCGUUCACGUCGACGAGAUGAAGCAGCUACCAAACGGUAGAAGCGAUGAGUUUGAGGAUGAAGGAGAACAUGAUCAAGAUCAAGUUCAGAAUGAUAUCAUUAACGAAGCUGACAGAGAAGAAGCUGAUAUUGACGAAGAAGAUAUUGACGCGGAAGAGGACGAUACGACGAAUGAUGACAGUUCCAAGCAGAUUACGGAGGAAGAUGAUUCUCAAGAAAUGGUGCAAACUCCGAGCAUAGAAUCAAGGUGUACAAAUGAUUCGUCUUCAUUAUCGGCGACUAAUUUAAAAACGCUGAACACGAAAGUGGGCGCAACAUCGGAAGAUGCGAGCCACAGAGAGGCUACUGACGAAACGUCCGCUUCUUUGGCAUCAGAAAACAAAUCCUCGAUAACGUAUAAACAGAUCGGUGUCACGAGAGCCGACGUUCAAGAACCGGCACCAUUAAAAUCUAUAGAAACGCCUGUUAUUACUUCAUCUCCACUGAAACUGGUGAAUAUUGUAGACUUGAAGCACCAGCCGGAAGAAAAGUUAGUAAGUCCGACGUCUGUUAUCGCAUCUUUAAAUGCGGCGAAGAAACACGGUGCUCCCGAUGAGAUGACAGAUCCUGUCAUAAAAUCCCUCGAGAAAUUGCCUGUUAAAAACAGUUUAUCUUUCUCGUCUAUGGAUUCCAUUUCUGUGGGACACAGUAAACUAUCUGUCAAACCAAUCGAUCAAUUGGCUGCGAAUCUUGUAAGGAUACAGUCGGAGAAAUUGGAGAAACCAAGCGGACCGAAAUCGCUGGAAAAGAUAGCAGAAUCUUUAGCAAGAUCCAGUGGUAUGCUGGGAACUAUGGUAAACGGAGAAGAUGAUAGGCUGCCGCAAGACUUUUGCGCGAGAAAUCAAUCCGAAAAGUCGGCGACGCACAGGGGUCACAGAGGCAUAGACUUGUCGACGUCACCGCGUGGUUGGGAAAACGCAAACGAGCAAAACAGACCGGUGGAUUUCUCUGGAAUCGAUCUUUCUAGUCGAAAAUUGGGAAAAACAAUGGACUUACCUUCUCCGGGCUAUAGGACGCAAGAUUUCCAGCACCGAGAAAUGGAUCUGAGUACGAAGAAGGUGAGCAAACCGGAAAUGUCGAAUCUGCCAUACGAUACGCGCAACAUGAUGUUACGUAAUCAUAUGAUGAUGGCUGAUUUGAGCAAGAGACAGCUACCGUUCUCCGCGUACGAAGCUCCGUAUCAUAAUACAGCUAGAUUACCUGCCAAGGACGAGCACCGAUUGCCAAGCUAUACGAUACUUUCCGAUCCCAGCAAGAUCACGACGCUAAGGAUGAACAACGCACCACUGAAACGUCCCCUAGAGGAUGACGAUAUGCAGCAAGAUAUGCUGAAGAGGAUAAAGGCGGAUGUAAUUCCAAUCAGAGGUUCUAUGGACAAGAGACCGAUGAUGAGCGGCAACUGGAGAGACGAGGUGAGCGAGGCUAUCGAGGAGCCUAUAAUGAUGGUUCAAGGCGAGGGAUCUGGCAGCGACUGCGACGCAGUGAAUCCCAUUGUCGGAGAGGCUAUAGAGGAACCGACGGCUUUUUUCUAUGGUGAGGGUUCCGGCGCGGAGUGUGAAACGGGUAACCCCGGCGACGACGCGCCCACUGACAAUAAAGAAAGCAACGAAUCAAAAACUGAACCUGACUCAGCUACCAUGGCAUUAUCGCAGAAUAAGGUUUUAACCGAGGACGAGGUAUCCACGGGUUCGAUACUGUCGAACAAAACCCCUGUAAAAUUAAAUAGAAACUUUCCGCAGUCUAAUGUAAGCGUAAACGAUAAUUAUCAAAUAGUAGAUUCUAUGCAAGAGAAGCCAAAGUUUAAGCACACGUUAGGCGUCCAGAUAAUACCUAAAAGUACAACUGGUUCUGUCAAAAGGUUAUCCAGGUGGGACGUAGGGAAACCGGAAGAGAAAGGAGAAUGUGACAGCAGUAUCAUAUCAAACGAAGGAGACAUAUCACUGAAGAAAAGUACAGAUGAUCACGAACGCGACAAAGUGGAAGAGAAGAAACUGCUCAGCGCGGAUGCUGAAUCGGCCAAAACUGGAUACGAGAAUUCCGCCGAUGUGGAUCAAGGCGCCAAGGUAGAUGACCCCGUAAACGCGGACAGUGAAACCAUUGAAGAUAGCGUUAAAUUACAAGUGUCCGACGUCAGUUCGGAAAAUACAAGUACAAUGAAACAGGAAAGGGAUUCUAAAUUUCAAGAGCCCGUGCAGUGUGACUCGUCGAUAUCGUCGUGUCAAGCGGACACUUUGCAAGAACUCGAAUCAUGUACAGAUCCUGAACCUACGACGGAUUCAACCAAUGCACAAAGCUUAUCCGAUUCGAGUAAAAUGGUUUCACGCGAACCGGAUAUCCCCGAAAUAACGAAUAACGAAUGCAAAUCAGCAGCCGAAUCUCCGCCGAGAUUUUUUUUUGGUCCCAAUUGCAUCUCGUAUACUUCGAAAUCCGAUGAAAUGGGAUCUCAGAUGGAGCAAAGCCUGACUACAUCUGUUCACGAUAAAACGGAUACUGUGCAAUAUGAAUGCGUGUCUUCGUCAAAAUCAGCGGAUGAUACGGUUUAUUCGUACAAGACGGAAGACUUUGAUUUGACGCAGACAAACAAUAAUUCGUUGAAAUCAGAUCUGUUUACUUCAGAAUCCGACAGCAUUUUAUGCGGAAAUAAUAGCAAAGACGUAGAAAAAGUUGAAGCACCAAGUAAUACAUGGGAUCAAACUUCGGAGGAAAAAACUUCGACGCCUAAUAGCUCGAUAGAUCCAAGUAGUGCGUCCGAGUACAAUAAUGCUAAUUUAUCUCUCCCGCAAGUUCAAGUAGAGGCAAGUGAGGAAUCAAGUAUGCAAGAAUCUGUUUGUGCUGAUAAAGAAAUGAAAGAAGAUGACUGUUCAAAAUUGCGUACAAGCCCUACGUCAGAGAUGAUAACUGAAAAUGAAAGUAUUAAUGAAAGUAUGACUGAAGAAGAUUCAAUUAAAAUCAGUUCGAACAGCGAGCCCAAUAUUCAACCAGCAGAAUGUGGAAUUGUUGGACCAUCGCAAUGCGAAACUACAGAUUCUGGAAAUUUUGUAGGUACAGAGACUCAAGAAGAUUCUUUUAAAGGCUCGGGUGAUGUUACGUCGCAGUUAUUGGAUGAUGAAGAGGAUAGAGAUGAAAAAACACUAAUCGAUGACUCUAAGAAUGAGAACGACUAUCAAUCGGAUAAUACAAACAUCUUCAAGGAAGAGCAAAACAGAAUUGAAUCCGAGGCAACGGCACAUUCAUCUUUAUCGUCACUUACGCAAAAUUCGCAAACAGAGCUGGCCGAUCUCAGGGAAUUUGAGGACGUUAAUAAUUUGAACGAGCCAUUAGAUUCUACGAAUGCAGUGGAUGCUGCAAAUGAUCAGGAAGCAAACAGGCUCGAAAAAACCGAUUUGGAUUCUAUCGGAGAAAGUUGUGACAAGCAGAGUGAUAAGAAUGACAAUUUUUCCGAAAUUGAUGGUCAGGAGGAUCAUUCAACCGACACGGACAACGAGAAGAUGAAAGGUCUGGCCGGUUCUGAUGCCGAUUCUUUGUGCGUUAACUACGACAAGAACAGCGAGAGAACUGAUGCGUUAUCGGACAUAGGAACCCAGGACGACGGAUCAGGUGAUUCUGAAGAAAUUAAAGACAAAGGAUUGAAUGAUGUGCAAGUUAACGAUACUGUAUUUAAUAUAAAUUCCGAAACACAUCUUCCUGAAAAUUCUGUAGUGACUAGUUCGGAGUCUGUUCGAGAAAGUGAUAAACACGAUGUAGUUCCUACUAUAAGCAGUUCAGACGAUACCUCCGUACAAGACUCUUCAUCUCAGGAGAGUGAACCUGUGCGAAUAGAUGAUGAAAAAGUAGAAAAUACUUCGUCUGAUACUGAUAAGCCUUCUACGUUCAACAUUUCGCCUGCAACGGUGCCUGAAACGAAUAUCUUCGAACUGUCCAAGUCCGAUAUUGUCGAAACUGUGAAAGAAAUGAGCUCGUCUAACUUAGUCCAAUCUACAAGCGAAUACGCCGAUAAUGCUUCUGAAAAUCCCAGUUCUUGCAUUGAUCAAGAUUCGAAUGGUGAGAUGGUUAUAGAUGAUCGUAUGUCUGAGUCGAAUGAAUCAUUUAAAGAAAUUGAGGAAACUCCGACAAUGAAUGACGAACAACCAGAAAAUACAACGUCAAAAGAUGCAACGCAAGAAGUAUCAACAGAACUCGAGAAAGAAGCUCCAGUCCUUUCGAGUAUUGAACGUGAGCCGUGUCAGUCCGAAAUUGACUUAUCAGUGACGGAAACUGAAAUCUUAGAGAAAGAGAAAUCUGAAGUUGAUGCAGAGAGCAAAACAGAUAACGAUCUUAAAGAGUUCACGGCAAAAGACGAGAGUGAAACUUGUAACACCGAUGAACAAGAUGCGACGGUAACGGAAGAUGCCUGCAAAAUUAAUAGAAGUGAAGAAGCUGCCGAAAAUUCAGCAAUUGUGGAAAAAUCAGAGACAGAUACAACAACUGUAACUACUGAACAAUCGGAGACAAAUGCUGCAGAUGUAAUUUCUCAGGAAUCACAAGUGAAUAUAGCGGAUGUUAACAAACAGUCACUAGUUGCGAAUUAUGAUAGCGAUUCCAAUGAUAAUGGUAAUGAUGAUGUUUCCGAAUCUGUGCAAAUAAGCGAUUCUAAGGAUCGUGCUGUCACCCCGAUAGAGCAAGAAAUAAAUGAUGAGCAAGGAACGAAUAAAGAGCAGUAUGAAAAAUCACUUGUCAAAGAAGAAGACAUCGACAGCAUGAAUUUAAUUUCUGAUGUGCCUCAAGAACCAGCGUCCGCCGAGCAACAAUUAGAAUCUUUAGAAACGAAAGUUGAUGAAGUAUUAAAUCAAGAUACAACUACAAUCAUACAGCAAGACAGUAAAAUUAGAGAUCAAGAUACAACUACAGUCAUAGAGCAAGACAGUAAAAUUAAAGAUCAAGAGAGUGUUGAUGAAAUGCAAGUUAAAUCUGUUUGCAAUAACAUUGAAUAUCGUUCGAAUGAUCAGUUGACAUCGUCUGUAAAUAAGGGUGAACUAGAAGAAGAAACAUAUAUUCACGAUAUUUCUGCUGCUGAUAAUUCUAAAAUUUCAGAAAUAUCAGAUGUAACGAAGCUCACAGUAGUUCCGAUCAUAACUGAAGAGAUAACUGAAUCUCUUCAGAGCAAGAGUUUAGAGAUGACUAUCGAUCAUAGCGAGAAAAAUAAGGAGUAUCUCAAUAAUUCGAUUGAUAAUAUGACGACAGUACAGGACAUUCGAGAUGCUAUUGAGACGACGGAAAAAGCAGAUCGUUUAACACCGGAAAAUGCUAUUGAGACGGAAAAAGCAGAUUGUUUAACAUCUGAAAAUGUUCGCGAUUUCAGCGAAAGUGACGCAAAUAAAACCGCAAAAGUUUCGUUCACUCGAGAAAGCACGGAAUUUAAUACUACGGACAAUCAGGUGACCGGCGUGUUCCAUAUAACAGAGCAAACGAAAAAUGUGGACGAGAAAUUGAAUGUCAGUUUGGAUACCGAGAAUAUUGCAAAGUCAAAAAAUAUAAACGAACUUAUUACCGAGGAACUGCCUAUUCCGUGUAAAAGAUUCAAAGAAGAUCUCACCGAUUGUAGUAAUCAAGACAAUAAAUGGGAUGUGAAAUCGCAAGAAGAGUGUUUAACUGAACCGUUCACGGAAGAGACGAAUUUACCACCGAUUCAAACAAAAUCUGAUAUAGCGCCAACGAAACUGGAUAAUACUUUAGAUGCGGAUAAAUCACACACGUGGAAAACUGAGGGCGCGAGUUUAGGGAGUGUGUCUUCGGAAGCUUUGUAUUAUUCGAAUUCGACGGUCACGAAGAUGGACAAUGUUAAUAACUUGGACAGUUGCAACAAUCAAAAUGAGCCUUUUAGUAUAGACGUGAAUGUAAAUAAAAUUACGGAAAACUUUGAUAAGAAUGCGCCUUCAGAUGCGAAUAAUGAAUCGACGGCAUUUCCCGCUCAGGAGAUUAUUUCAGAAAUCGAUACUGUAAAAUCUGAUCCAAAGAAAGAAGCCAGCAAGAGGCUGAUCGAUGCCUCGGAUAUAGAGGAUGUUCCUCCGUUAAAGUCUAAACCUCCGUACUUGGAAACCAAUGACAAGACGCUGGAAAAUUUAGCAGACUCCGAUGUACAGAUGCCUAAGAUUUCAGAUAUAUCCUACGAGGUCAAAAAAUUAAAGCCACAAAUCGAGGAUGAAACGAGAGCACCAACGAUCUCUACAACGCAAUUGUUUCAAAACGAUUUCGGUACGGUAAACGAUUCCGCGGCUGUCGCACCGACUGAGGAUCCGAAGAAGGUCGAUUUAGAAUUUACAGAGAUAAACGAGCCUGCGGAAAUCCAGGAUAUCGAGAUGAAAAGUAUUGCUUCUGACGAUUCAACAGGCGUGGACAAUGAAGAUGUUUUUGAGGUACCACAGGAAGAGGUAGAUCCCUUGGCGUGUACCGACGACGAUGCUUUAAGGAAUAUCACUGAGGACGCGUCUGACACUUCCAAGAUAAGUAUUCGCGUAAGGCCGGCAACCGAUUUGGUUUAUGAGGGCUGGAAAUUGGACAGCACUGCAGAAACGCCGAAGGUCUCGCGAAAACGGCGAAACAGCGCUCAUGAAUCGAAUUCCGAGGACGGGGCUGCGAAGCAAGAAGACGAAGAAAUGACUGGUAGCAAGAGGAUGAAAUUACGCGCAAAACGUAUACCUGAUAAGGAGUUACGAAAGUCCAUCGAGGAAAGUCGUGUGGUGGUGGUGAGCUCUGAGGAUGAGGCUGUGAAAUGUGAUCCCGACAAUGCAACGGAGCACGCUACUAAAGACGACAAUGAUCCGAACGUGAUGCAAGCGAUGGCGAUCGACAAAAAGAUCAGAGGUCGUCCUAGGGGUAGACGGAGGCGUGGUUUCCGGGGUGGCGGGCGUCCCAAUCGGCCGAAGCUCACGGACACACACGGUGAUCAGACGUCGCCUGGUGCUCAUCCUGAUGGAACGUCUAACGAUGCUUUAAAUGCAACGCAGAAGAAACGGAAAAAACGAAAAAUGGUCUUGGGCUUAGAAAUAGGCAGAGAUAUCUCGCUGGAGACGGAAACACCAGUCACAGCACAGGAUGAGACGCCUGUCAGGCAAUCAAGAAGAAUAGCACAGUUGAAAAUAAAAGAGCAAGCGGACAGGCGCAGAAUCGAGGAGGAAACUAUGCGUGAGAUAGAAGACAAGAAGGAUUCAGAGAAGAAAAAGAGAAAAAAGCAGAAGCCGGAAAGCGAGGAGGAGGAAGAAGUUGUCAUAAAGGAAAUUGAAAAGGAGAAAAAGUCCAAGAAGAAACGUCGAAAGAGGAAGAAAAAGAAGAUGCUGGCCAAAUUUAACGAGGCGAACCCAUGGCAGAGCUCAUCUGGGUCUAGUAGUGACGAAGAGAACGAGAAUGAAGACGAGGAAGAGGAAGAUAUUGAGAGCGAGGGAUCGUUGCUGUUUAAAAGUGAUCAUGAAUUUUCUCCGGAAAGCGAUCUCGAGAAGGAUCAAGAAUCUGAACCAUUAAGACGUGCUAGAACAGCUCAAAAAGCCCAAAGCGAUGUUGAGGAAGCCGAGGAUGAAUAUGCCUGUCAGAAAUGUGGCAAGGCUGAUCAUCCUGAAUGGAUUCUUCUAUGCGAUUCUUGUGAUAAGGGCUGGCAUUGUUCGUGCCUCAGACCAGCUCUUAUGCUUAUACCCGAGGGCGACUGGUUUUGCCCACCGUGUCAACAUACUUUAUUGGUGACCAAAUUUCAAGAGACCCUAAAAACACUGGAUCAGUUAACAAAAAGACACGAGAAUGAAGUAUUGCGGAAGAAGCGAUUGGCUUUUGUUGGCAUAAGUUUGGAUAAUGUACUUCAUAAAGGCGAAGAGCAACGUGGAUCAAAAGGAUCGCAAGCGUCCAGUCAAGAAUCAGACAACGAAUCUUCAGACUCUUCUUCAUCGGCCUCUAGUUCCGAAACAUCGAGUAGCGAAGACAGCGACGUGCCAGUUUAUCAAUUACGAGAACGUCGGUGCGCCAACACUUACAAGUUUAAUGAAUAUGAUGACAUGAUUAACGCCGCGAUCCAGGAUGAAGUUGAGGCAGUUCAAGGUGCCGGCAAUCAGGGAAGGGGCAAAGACAUUGCAACGAUAGUCAACGCGGAAAAAGAAGAGGCACAGGCUGAAGCGUUAAAGAUGACGCAACUAGAAGAGGACAAGGACGAAGUGGAAUCAAAGCCGGAAAAAGAAAGUGACGAAGAAUAUAAGAUUGAGACUGAAGAUGUGAUUGACGAAAUAGAAGAGGAACAAAAUACGGUUGCUAGGAAAUUGCUAGCACGUAAGAAACAUCGGAAGCUGAACAGUCUCGAUAUAAGUAGUGAAGACGACCCGGAUAGUGAUGAAGAUUUCAAGGGUACAAGCUCUGAAGAUGAGGAAGAUUUUGAUGAUCAUAUGUCAUCAUCCGAUGACAGCAGUUUUGAUGUUAAACGACGUGGUAGAAAAGGCGAUUCACGUCCUGUUAGAAGAUCUACCAGAGCGCGCAUGACUAGGGCUUACGAUAAUGAUUUUAUUGAUGAUGACAGUGAUGAGAGUGAUCGGCCAAAGAGAAAGAAGUCACGAUCCAUGUGGGGAGAUUCGGAUAGCGAAGACAGCGACAACUCAUGGAGGCAAAGAAAGAAAAAAAGCAGAACAAUACCAACAUCCAGAGUUAGAAUAGUACCCAAAACGAAGGGUAAGAAGAAAAAAAAGAGAAAACGUAUAAUAGAAUCUGACAAUCAGAGUGAGAAUGACGAAGACGAUGAGCCGAAAGUUGAACAACAAAGUGAACCUAAUUUACAAGACUUCAACACCACUCUAAAUGAGAUGGUGGACGAUAAUAAACAGGAAAAUUUUGAAACUGCUCCAGCUGAAGACAACGUUGAAAUAAAAGAUGAAAGAUUACAAGAAGCAGCAGCUUCAGAUGUUCCGAUUCCACAGAUCCAACCACAACCGUCAGAAGUAGUACCGAUCCAGAAAGUAAAAAAGGACAUUGUGCCUAAACCAAAAAAGGCUCCUGGUAUUAGACGAAAGAUUAUUUAUGGCGGACUUCCAGAUGAAAAUAGACAAGAGGAAGAAGAAAUAUUAGGUAGACGGACUCGAGGACGAAAAAUCAAUUAUCGAGAGGAAAUGGCGUCGGAUAGCGAGGAGGAGCUAAAAAAAGCACUGAUGAUGAGAAAGACUGGCGAAAGCGAAGAUGAGUUUGUGGUGAACGAGGCAGACGAUGUAAAUGAUGAUGGGGAAAAGGAUUCUGAUUCAGGAGAUGUUUAUAUUCCUAAGAAGGAUGCCUUGAAAUUUAAGACCAAGUCACCGAAAGCAAAAAAGUCACGUAAUAACAAGAGCCCUGCAGCCAAACGUAAAUCGUUAUCCGAUGACGUACCAAAACAACGGAAAAAACCCGGGCCGAAACCGGGAAGUAAAAACAGAGGACGUAAACAAAAGUUGAGGGAUGAUCUUGACGGGGACAUGAUUGGUGGGGUUAUGGAUAAUCCUAUUGGUGAUAUAGCAUCUAAAAUAGAUGAGAAUCUUCCAGAUAACGUUGGACUGACAGGCACGACCAUGUCGGUAGCGAGUUCGUUUACCGGAGACGUUCCCGAGGGUUCGCUGACGGGUCUUGGUGCCGGGGAGCUGGCCGACCUGGACGACGAGCAGCUCGAACAGAUGAUGGAUGAGGAGUACGGACGGCGGCAGCUAGAGCUCGCGGCAAUUGAAAUAGCGAAGAAGAAGAAAAAGGAGGAGCGAGAAGCUAAGAAGUUAGAGAAAGCACGUUUGAAGGCUCUGGAGAUAUUGGCAGCGGAGAGCCAGAGAGAUCCUAACGCACCCGAGGGAACGGACGGUGAGGCGCCCAAGAAGAAGAAGCGUGGACGUCGCAGCAAGGCCGAGAUACUCGCUGAACAGAUGCGCAGGGAUGGUACGCAGAAUCUGGGCAUCGCAUCGUCAGUUAUCAGUGCGGUGGGCACGCCGGAUGGCGUGAGUAAUAUGUCGCACAACAUAAGUCCUGCUACUUUAUCUACGGGUCUGACGCCGGAAAGUGACAGGAGCAUUGAAAGGGGACACAUGCCUCUUAUGACCGGACAGGACGGACAGCUUUUCAACCCGGAUGGCACCCCGAUGAAACCGAAACGACGAGGACGUGGCAAAGGCAAGAAGACUCUUGCGUUGGAAGCGGCUAGAGCCGCGGAAGCGGCGGCUAAGGCCGCGGCCGAAGCCGGUUUGAUUGCCGGCAUGGGUACUGACUCAAAUUCAGACAUGAAACAGAACGAUAUACCGAACGUUCUUCCUACUCCAGGUAGCAGUACAUCUGGCUCGGCGCCUUCCACACCACCGGCGAGUGCCGUGCCGACACCGGGACCUCCGUCGACGCAGCCGUCGAACUCACAGCCGGUCUAUCCAGCGCUACCACCCGGUCAACAGUCUUCCGUCAUCACGAGGAUGCUUCAGUCCCAACCGGUAUCCAGCACUCCACAGUCGUUCACUGCAGCGGCGGCCGCGAUGGGUCACAAGUAUUUCGGCGGGCCCAACGCUGGCGGGCAGAUGAUGGGCGGUCCACGAACGGGGUACGAGAUACAGCCACGUGCCAGAAUCCCGUCUCCUUACAGGCAGGCGGGUCAGUCGUCCAUACCACCGCAUUUUGCCGCGGUCAGAUCGGGGACGCCACCGAUGCGUAUGCGAGUACCCGGGCCGCAGAUGUAUCACACGCCACACCAUCCGAUGGACCCGUCCCCGUCGGGCGGCGGACCGAUUUCCAUUAGUAAUAGAGAUCGCAGUUCGCCCUUGACGCCUGGCGGACCGGCGAUGAUUCCACCGUCGGCCGGCAGUCCACUGGCUAAAGGCGGUCCAACGCCGCCACCACCACCUCCACCAUAUGUGCGAGGUGGCCCGCCAAUGGCUAGGUUUGCCGAAAAUCCUAUGGGACCUAGGCAUCAGAUGCCGCCAUUUACCAAUGCCUCACCCGUAAAUCACAGCAUGCAGCAACCUUCACCACCCCCUAAUCGACCGCCCGGUAAUUUCUCACCGUAUCAUCCGCCUCCUCCUCCUAAUUAUCACUACGGUGCCUACCCGCCGCCUCCGCCAAUGUCCACGGCGGACGACGCAGCUGCCUAUCAGAGUUCGCCGUAUCCCUCGGAGCAUUUCUCCUCGCCGGCAGACAACCAACCACCGAUUCAAGGACCGCCACCGCCUCAGGGGCCGCCGCCACAGCAAUCGCAUCCGAAUGACGAAGACCAUGGCACCGGCGAAUUUGGCGGGCUGGUAUCUUACUUCAGUAGCCAGAGAGAGGACGAUCUCGAGUCGUAGCAUGAGUGAGAGCUUGGCCAACCCUGAAUCACAUUAGGUAGGGGGAGCGUGCCCAGGUAAGAUCGCAACUUUUGCUACAGAGGGAAAAGCGGUAACGCAGAUGCGAAUAGAGCAUGAACUUUUCAGAUGAUCUUUUCGAGAACAUUAGUGCGUGUGUCAUGUGAAAUAUAAAGCUAUAGAGUCUUCCUCUUCGACCUCUAAAGCAAACAGUUGUCCUGUAGUCCUUGCACUUCUUAUGCCGCCAAAGGCAAAUCUAAGGUUGGCCAAGUGUAGAGCGAGCGGAAUGAUGAAACAUAGUGACAGGGCGGAGCCUAUUUUCUAAGAGUUGUAAGUUUUUCUGUAAUUAGUUUUCGGUUUAAAUGGAUUUGUAUACAAUGACGUGCGACCGCAAAAACUCUAAUUCUAGUGAGGACAUAGCGGUCGUUUCGUCUGGAAGAUAACGAGGCGAGAGAGAUCUGACCAGAACCAUUUUUCACUAUUAUUCGUUAUUAUAAUCCGCCAAUCAUGAAAAUCAAGCGAAGUUAUUUCCGGAAAGUUUUAAGGCGAGAAUGGGAUACUCAUUCUCCGUGAAGUAGUAGGGUGUCCUGUGGAAUAAAGAAACGAGAAAUUCAUCUUUAAUAAUGAACGAAAAGGAAUAAAAAUUAUCGAGUGGUUUUGAACGACA